AUGACACCUUUUCUUCUUGACUGCGAACAUUCGCAGCACCACGAAGCGUGCAGCACCAGAAGCGACUCGUUUGGGAGGAGAAAGAAGAAACGCCGUCUGCUCCCAUCGCCGUCAACAAGCAGCUCUGCACAACAAGAGAUUCGACGACCAUCCAAAUCAGCCCUACAAACUUUCCAGAAGAGAUCGCAAUCUGCCCCGGACGCUUCUGCGGCAGUUUUAGAUUCCCCCCUCAGCAUCGAGCGAUCUACGCGUCAACUACAAGGACAAAAAAGGAAGAUAACUUGGGCCGACGCCGAGGAGGACCUGUGCAGACACCACAAAAAGAGGCAGUUAUCUCGGAUCACCCCGGAGGCGUCUAACGCAACUGGUCCGGCACCCACUGAAGACAACGAGCGUUACGACACGGAAGUUUGUCCAUCGACAGCAUCGCCGAUAGCACCACCGGUAGCGUCACCGGUAGCACAUUGGGUGCAUACUGCGCAGUGGCCUAAGGACUUUGCAAGCAUGAGUCAGGAACAGAGUAGCUCGUCGAAGAAACGGCCACCAAGUUCAAGCUAUACGCAAAGCUUCAAAGCUGGAGAAGUCCCCAAGGCGCACUCUGCUGCGCAUGAGAACACUCUGGCUGACCACGGUGUGCACAUGGACGAGUUACAAGGUCGAUCACGAGCGCAAGAAGAGAGCAAGUCAUUUUGCAGAAGUUUAUUACAAAGCACAUACCCAGAACCGCAGCACACGGCCUUUCCGUUGCCGGAGUUCUUGUCAGUGUGGCAGAGAGUGCAGAAGCGGAACGAAGCCAGGGUCUAUCGAGACCUCACGCCGCUGCUGGUGCCGUCGCCCGAGCUUCUUUGGGCCUCUGGUCACCAAGAGCUUGAGCACGUUGCAGAAGAGAUCAGCGUUGAGUGGACAAGGUGCAAAGCUCUAGGAGGACCCAGGCCGAAACCGGAUCUCGCGGUUGGCAUUGCGCCAUCGGCGUUCGAUGAGGAGGAAAAAGCCAAGUUGAAGAACCAUACAGCAUUUGAACGAGCAACCCUAUUCACGGAUAACAUUUACUUUCCAUUCCUACUUUGCGAGGCCAAAUGCGGUGACGAGGGGAUCAGCCGGGCAGAUCGCCAAAACAUCCAGAGCGCCAGCGUGGCUGUAAAUGCGAUCAUACAACUCUAUCGAGCUGUUGACGAGACCAAGGUGGCCGACUUGAGCGGACAGAUCUUGGUAUUCUCGGUUUCUCACGACAAUUUGCUUGUGAAACUAUAUGGUCACUUUGCCAUCAUCGACGGAGACAAGGUGGCCUUCUAUCGAUAUCCCGUUGCGUCCUUUGUGCUGAACUUUGAAGAGAGUCAAGGCAGGAAGAGGACGCACGACUUCGUACGAGAGGUAUAUCACACAUUCUACCCAGCGCAUAUGAAGAGGAUUCGUGAAGCAUUGGCGGCAAUUGAGGAUCCUCGGACCGUAUCGAUGACUUCGAGCAUGAGCAUUGAGGACGAUCAAUCUCAGGAGCAGGACCCGAGUGCUCAAUCUUCCCAAGAGACCACAGGGUUCAAAAAACCUGGCACGCCUGCCAGUAAGAAGCAGAAGGGUCAAAUGGCCCUCCUGCGAGAGCAAUUAGCAGAGCAACAAAGGCAGAACAAAGAAAGAGAGGCUAAUUUAUUGGAACAGGUGGAAAGACAGAGGCAAGAUGCGGAAAAGCAGAGGCAAGAUGCGGAGCAGCAGCGGAAAGAACUUAUGAAGAUCCUGACGGAGCAGCAGAAGCAGAGUAAAGAGCAGAUGGCUCAGCAGGAGGAACAAAUCAAGUUGCUAAAGCGAUUGCUUGACCGACAGUGA